UCAAACCCUAUACCUACUCAUUGAAGCAGAAAAUAUCACAAAUCUUCUUCUCCUCCUCAGAAAUCUUAGUAUCAUCACUAUGGCCUCAAAUCCCAGGGUCUUCUUUGACAUGACGAUCGGUGGUCAGCCCGCUGGUCGGAUUGUGAUGGAGCUUUUCGCAGAUUGCACUCCUCGCACUGCUGAGAACUUCCGUGCCCUCUGUACUGGCGAGAAAGGCGUCGGCCGCAGCGGUAAGCCACUCCACUACAAAGGCUCCUCUUUCCAUCGUGUGAUCCCUAACUUUAUGUGCCAAGGAGGUGACUUCACCGCCGGAAACGGUACCGGAGGUGAAUCCAUCUACGGAUCCAAGUUCGCUGACGAGAACUUCAUCAAGAAGCACACUGGUCCCGGUAUUCUCUCAAUGGCUAACGCUGGACCCGGAACUAACGGAUCUCAGUUCUUCAUUUGCACGGCUAAGACUGAGUGGCUCGACGGAAAGCACGUUGUGUUUGGACAAGUUGUUGAAGGCAUGGAUGUGGUGAAAGCCGUUGAGAAAGUUGGGUCUAGCAGUGGAAGAACUUCCAAGCCCGUUGUUGUCGCUGACUGCGGACAGCUCUCUUAGAGAAGAAAAAGAGAAAUAUGUGUUAAGCUGGGAUGUUGUCUAAUGUCUAGAAUAUUUAAUGUCUGUCAUUUAGACUCUUUUAUGGUGCUGUUUUUAUCGUCACUGGGUUUGGUGGUUUUCAAGAACUUGCUUUAUGUAGUUUUUAUGAUUUACUACCAUUAAAUAAGAUACUCUUUUUCAUCAUCAUAAUAA